UGGGGCCCGUGUGAGCGCGCCCAGGCCUGGCUCGGUGCCCGGCGGGCGGCAGCAUGUCCGCGGGCAGCAACGCCAGGAAGAGCACCGGGAGGCCGUCCUACUACUACCGGCUGCUGCGGCGGCCCCGGCUGCAGCGACAGAGGAGCCGCUCCCGCAGCCGGACCCGGCCCGCCAGGGAGUCACCCCAAGAAAGGCCAGGCUCCCGGCGCAGCCUUCCCGGCAGCCUGUCAGAGAAAAGCGCAAGCAUGGAGCCCUCGGCUGCAACCCCGUUCCGGGUCACGGGCUUCCUCAGCCGCCGCCUCAAGGGCUCCAUCAAGCGCACCAAGAGCCAGCCCAAGCUGGACCGCAACCACAGCUUCCGCCACAUCCUGCCGGGGUUCCGGAGCGCAGCCGCCGCCGCCACCGCCGCGGACAAUGAGAGGUCCCAUCUGAUGCCAAGGCUGAAGGAGUCUCGGUCACACGAGUCCCUGCUCAGCCCCAGCAGCGCAGUGGAGGCGCUGGACCUCAGCAUGGAGGAGGAAGUGCUCAUCAAGCCUGUUCACAGCAGCAUCCUGGGUCAGGACUACUGCUUCGAGGUGACAACGCCAUCAGGAAGCAAGUGCUUUUCCUGCCGCUCGGCAGCUGAACGAGAUAAGUGGAUGGAGAACCUGAGGCGAGCAGUGCACCCCAACAAGACCCCUCUUACGCAGGACAACAGCCGGCGUGUGGAGCACAUCCUGAAGCUGUGGGUGAUUGAGGCCAAGGAUCUGCCAGCCAAGAAGAAGUACCUGUGUGAACUGUGCCUGGACGAUGUGCUGUAUGCCCGCACCACGGGCAAGCUCAAGACGGACAACGUCUUCUGGGGAGAGCACUUCGAGUUCCACAACCUGCCGCCUCUGCGCACAGUCACUGUCCACCUGUACCGGGAGACUGACAAGAAGAAGAAAAAGGAACGCAACAGCUACCUGGGCCUGGUGAGCCUGCCUGCUGCCUCUGUGGCUGGGCGGCAGUUUGUGGAGAAGUGGUACCCAGUGGUGACCCCCAAUCCCAAGGGUGGCAAGGGCCCUGGGCCCAUGAUCCGCAUCAAGGCACGCUACCAGACCAUCACCAUCUUGCCCAUGGAGAUGUACAAGGAGUUCGCAGAGCAUAUCACCAAUCACUACCUGGGGCUGUGCGCAGCACUCGAGCCCAUCCUCAGCGCCAAGACCAAGGAGGAGAUGGCAUCCGCUCUGGUGCACAUCCUGCAGAGCACAGGCAAGGUGAAGGACUUCCUAACAGACCUGAUGAUGUCAGAGGUGGACCGCUGUGGGGACAACGAGCACCUCAUCUUCCGGGAGAACACACUGGCCACCAAGGCCAUCGAGGAAUACCUCAAACUUGUGGGUCAGAAGUACCUGCAGGAUGCACUAGGCGAGUUUAUCAAAGCUCUGUAUGAGUCAGACGAAAAUUGUGAAGUGGACCCGAGCAAGUGCUCAGCUGCUGACCUUCCUGAGCACCAGGGCAACCUCAAGAUGUGCUGUGAGCUGGCCUUCUGCAAGAUCAUCAACUCCUACUGUGUCUUCCCACGGGAGCUUAAAGAGGUGUUCGCCUCAUGGCGGCAGGAGUGUAGCAGCCGUGGCCGGCCAGACAUCAGUGAACGGCUCAUCAGCGCCUCCCUCUUCCUGCGCUUCCUGUGCCCUGCCAUCAUGUCGCCCUCACUCUUCAACCUGCUUCAGGAGUACCCUGAUGACCGCACAGCUCGCACCCUCACGCUCAUCGCCAAAGUCACCCAGAACCUGGCCAACUUCGCCAAGUUUGGCAGCAAGGAGGAGUACAUGGCAUUUAUGAAUCAGUUCCUGGAGCAUGAGUGGACCAACAUGCAGCGCUUCCUGCUGGAGAUCUCCAACCCUGAGACCCUUUCCAACACGGCAGGCUUCGAGGGUUACAUAGACCUGGGCCGGGAGCUCUCCAGCCUGCAUUCUCUGCUCUGGGAUGCUGUGAGCCAGCUUGAUCAGAGUGUUGUGUCCAAACUGGGACCCCUGCCUCGUAUCCUGAGGGAUGUCCACACAGCACUGAGCACUCCAGGCAGUGGGCAGCUCCCUGGCACCAAUGACCUGGCCUCCACACCAGGCUCCGGCAGCAGCAGUGUCUCAGCUGGGCUGCAGAAGAUGGUGAUUGACAAUGACCUCUCUGGUCUGAUAGAUUUCACCCGGUUACCGUCUCCAACCCCCGAAAACAAGGACUUGUUUUUUGUCACAAGGUCCUCCGGGGUCCAGCCCUCACCUGCCCGCAGCUCGAGCUACUCAGAAGCCAACGAGCCUGACUUGCAGAUGGCCAACGGCAGCAAGAGCCUGUCCAUGGUGGACCUCCAGGACGCCCGCACACUGGAUGGGGAGGCAGGUUCCCCAGUGGGCCCCGAUGCCCUACCUGCUGACGGGCAGGUGCCUGCAACUCAGCUGGUGGCUGGGUGGCCAGCCCGGGCAGCCCCAGUGAGUCUGGCAGGGUUGGCCACAGUGCGGCGGGCAGUGCCAACACCGACCACACCAGGCACCUCCGAGGGUGCACCAGGCCGGCCCCAGCUGUUGGCCCCACUCUCCUUCCAGAAUCCUGUGUACCAGAUGGCAGCUGGCUUGCCGCUGUCACCCCGUGGCCUUGGUGACUCAGGCUCUGAGGGCCACAGCUCCCUGAGCUCUCACAGCAAUAGUGAAGAGCUGGCAGCCGCUGCCAAACUGGGAAGUUUCAGCACUGCUGCAGAGGAGCUAGCAAGGCGGCCAGGUGAGCUGGCACGGAGGCAGAUGUCACUGACUGAGAAGGGUGGCCAGCCCACAGUGCCUAGGCAAAACAGUGCGGGCCCCCAGCGGAGGAUUGACCAGCCACCACCGCCACCACCACCACCACCUCCUGCCCCCCGGGGCAGGACACCUCCUACUUUGCUGAGCACCCUACAGUACCCAAGACCCUCAAGUGGAACCCUGGCCUCAGCAUCACCUGACUGGGCUGGCCCUGGUACCCGGCUGCGGCAGCAGUCCUCCUCCUCCAAGGGAGACAGCCCAGAACUGAAGCCCCGCGCCAUGCACAAGCAGGGCCCUUCACCCGUGAGCCCCAAUGCCCUGGACCGCACAGCCGCUUGGCUCUUGACCAUGAACGCGCAGUUGUUAGAAGACGAGGGCCUGGGCCCAGAUCCCCCCCACAGGGAUAGGCUAAGGAGUAAGGAGGAGCUCAGCCAAGCAGAAAAGGAUCUGGCAGUGCUGCAAGACAAACUGCGAAUCUCCACAAAGAAGCUGGAGGAAUACGAGACCCUGUUCAAGUGCCAGGAGGAGACGACGCAGAAGCUGGUGCUGGAGUACCAGGCGCGGCUGGAAGAGGGCGAGGAGCGCCUGCGGCGGCAGCAAGAGGACAAGGACAUCCAGAUGAAGGGCAUCAUCAGCAGGUUGAUGUCUGUGGAAGAGGAACUGAAGAAGGACCAUGCUGAGAUGCAGGCAGCUGUAGACUCCAAACAGAAGAUCAUUGAUGCCCAGGAAAAACGCAUCGCCUCACUGGAUGCUGCCAAUGCCCGCCUCAUGAGCGCCCUCACGCAGCUGAAAGAGAGUAUGCAUUAGAAACAAAAGCCCGCUUGCUCGCUUGCUGGAACACAGGGGCCUUUUAAAUUGAGCGUGCGCACUGCAUGGGAAAUAGCGGCCCUGGAGGAUGUUAGACUUGCUCCCUCUCCAAGACAGCAGCAGCCUGCACCAGGCCCCGUGUGUGCAGUCGCCUCUCCUCACCCUCCCAGGCCCAGCCAAGGACCCAGGCACUGCAGGCAGGGAGGGGCACACCCCACAGCUGGGGCUGGUUUCCCCAGCUCUAGGCUGUUCUGUAGCAUAUCUGCCCCUCCCUCCCCCCUUUUGUGGGACAGAGAUGGGCAGGAAUUUGGGUCUCUCGGGUCCCCAUCUGUUCCCACACCCUAGAUUCCAAGCCCUGGUUCUGAGUCACCUAGGGCAGGAGCUAGGGCCUCUGCCCAGACAACAGAAUGGGGCUAGGCCACCUGCACUUAGCUCCUAGAGUCCUCAUAAGGAAGGGUGGAAGUCCUGGAGGUGUGGCCCAGCCAUGCUGCACCCCAUCCUCAGCCCAUGGAUAGGCAAGGGUAAAAGGUAGAUACCCUGGGACACGCUUUCAGUUGCAACCUACAACCCAGUUAGGCUGCAGACAAACGCUGGGAGAGAGGACGUGGCCAUCAAGGGUCAGACCUCAGGAAGGAAGGACGUGGGGCUGAGGCCCUGCCACUGCCCUUCCUGCCCUACUCCUAUCCACACCCCUGCGCCUCUGCAUUUCAGCCAGGGUAGCCUCUUGGGUGGGGCCUGGCCUGGCCUGGGUCUUGCCCUUCCACUGCCCAGGGAACCCUGUUUUCCUCCCUACCCACACUCUCGCCCAUGCCUCGUAAAGUGACCUCUGUCUGAGCGCCUCCUAGCAAUAUGGGGAGGUCCCCAGGCCUGGACAGGAGGGCGCAGGGCCAGAUGCAAUGGCCCCUCUGGCGGGGUUGUUAGCUCUCAGGCCGAGAGCCUUAUUUACCUAGUGCAAAAACUGUAAAAGUGUACAGACUCUCCACAGAUUUUUAUCUUAAUUGCAAGUCUGCCGAUUUUUGUAAAUGUUCUUGGUGUUCGACUGUAAUGGAACUAUUUCACCCAAGGGUUGUACAUAGUCCUAAAGUCCUGGUGCUGCGAGGGCUGGCCGGGACCGCUGCUCUCACGGUUGAUAUUAUAGCCUAGAGAAUGGUGCUGGGCAGGACAGCGAGCUUUGCAGUCUAGGUGUCUGUCUUUUUUCUGCCUGGGGCACAGAUUUGUUGGCUUUGCAGCAUGCUGUCGGGGUGGGAGGUUGAGGGGGCACCUGUCCCAACGGGGCCAGUAAAGCAUCCUCCUGACCACAGCCUUGAGGCUGAGCUCUGCCUACAGCAAGGGCUGGAGUUGCCAGAGGCCCCAAGGGAAAGGUGGCCCUACUCUGGGAAGACCCUGGCCACUGACACCCGGGCUCUGCUGGAGAGAGAAGCCCCUCCCCUGCCAACACAGACACCUGGCCUUUCUGCUCAACUUGUAUGUUAGGGUGAAGGAAACUGCCAAACUUCGUUUGAGCCAAGAUCUCUGCCCAGGAGUGGCGGUGGGGACCAGGGCCAGCUCCAUGUGCACCCCAGCACCUGCCCGAGGGGUACCACACCCUCACACCCGUACGUCUGGGAGCCAGACUGUCCAGGGAACCAGCCCCUCUUUUCUAUAUACUCAGCCACAAGGCUAUCCCUCUUCCCCAUGUGCCCAGCUCCUCCCCCUUUUGUAAGUAUGUGAAAAGGAGAAAAUGCAAUUGUCAAGAGUGGGCCGGAGCCCUUCCUCCAGCCGUGACUUUUAACCAUGUAAUAAUGUACAGAGGAGGUGUUGAUGUUCGAAGACUCUGUGUGGCUGUGCAAUUUCUGUACAUUUGCAAUUAGAAAUAUUAAAGAUUUAUUUAGCUAUUUUAAGCCUGACUUGCCUCU